AUGGAAGUGGUGGAAGUGGUGGAAGUGGUGGCGGAGGAGGACAGGGGUCAGGAGGCCGACGAGGUGCAAGCGGAGGAGCCGGAGGAGAACCCAGAGCAGCAGGGGCAGGAAGAGCCAGUGCGGGGCCCGACGACCGCAAGACCCCCCCUGGAGGCGCUGGAGGCCCUUCAGCUGGAGCUGAGCUCUGUGAGUGCGCGAGCCCGCAGGGCCUACUCUCGACUGAAGCGCAAGAUCAGUCAGAGGCGGAAGCCCCAUCUAGAUCGGAGAGGCGCCAUCAUCCGGAGCAUCCCUGGCUUCUGGGCCAAAGUCAUUCUGAACCACCCCCACGUGUCAGUGCUGAUCAGGGAGCAAGAUGAAGACAUGCUCAGCUACAUGCUGGAUUUGGAGGUGGAGGAGGCGAGCUCCCCCGAGUACCGCUGCAAGUUGAUGUUUUUCUUUCGGAGCAACCCGUACUUCUGGAACAAAGUAAUCGUUAAGGAGUAUCAGCUUAGCGUGGCUGGAUACAGGGCGUCUCGUUCCACGGCAGUCCAGUGGUUCUGGGAUUAUGAACGGGGAGCCCCCAGCCGCAGGCAGGAUACCACCAGUCUGACCUUCUUCAACUGGUUGUCCGACCACAAGUACCCAGGGUCUGACAGGAUUGCUGAGAUCAUCAUCGAGGACCUGUGGCCCAAUCCCCUGCAGUACUACCCCAGGGAGGCAGGCAGCCAGAGACGGAACUGAGAGGAGGACCUGUCGCCAUACUGAGAAUACUGGCCAUCAUGCAGAGAUUACGGAGGGCCGUUUGUAAGCCAUGCGUGGAGGAAGCUUAAGAAAUCACAACGGGGCAGUGACCAUCUUUCCUGGGCAGGGCCUUGAAA